AGUAGAGUGCACGCAGUGGCCAAACAAACACACACACACACAGUCCCGCUUCCUCCACAGUUCUUUAGCAUGUCGUCCACUGAGCGCACAGACCUGGGCCGGGCGCUCUGCAUCAUCACCGGGGCUUCCAGAGGCUUUGGUCGGGCUAUAGCGAGGGACAUGUCUCGGUUGGUGAAGCCGGGCUCGGUGCUCGUUCUGGCGGCCCGCUCCGCCGACGACCUGCGGGCUCUGCAGGCGGAGCUGGCCGAGUCGGAGGCAGGUAAAGCGGGGCUGGUGGUCGAGUGUGUGGUGGCGGACCUGGGUCAGGUGGAAGGACCGGAGAGCGUCGUCAGAGCAUCCAGAGCAGCCUGUUCUGAGGGUAUAGAGCACAUUAUCCUGGUCAACAACGCCGCCUCUCUCGGUGACGUGUCCCGCUACGCCAAAUGUUUCACCGACAUGACCGAGGUGGACUCUUACUUGUCUCUCAAUGUCAGCUCCUCCCUCUGCCUCACCGCCGGCAUCCUGCAGGCCUUCCCGCAGCGCCCAGGUCUGCAGCGGACCGUGAUCAACAUCACCUCGCUGUGCGCCCUGCAGCCUUUCCGCUCCUGGGUGCUGUACUGCACCGGCAAGGCAGCCAGAGAGAUGAUGUUCAAGGUGCUGGCAGAAGAGGAGCCCGACCUGAGGGUGCUCAACUACUCCCCAGGGCCUCUGGACACAGCCAUGCAGACAGCAGCCAGAUCCAGAACGGCUGAUCCCAGCAUCAGGAAGUCCUUUUCAGACAUGUUCUCUCAGAGCCAGCUGCUCACCUGUGAGGCAUCCUGCACCAAGCUGAUGAAGCUGCUGCUGGAAGACACGUACACAUCAGGAGCUCACGUCGACGUCUAUGACCUCUAGACCCAGCACGAGUACUCGCAGCCAGUUAGCAUCGAGCCAGAUUAUUUAUAAAUGUGCCUUGAUUUUAAAUGGAACUCUAUUAAUUUAUACCUAUUAAUGACUGCAGUUGUAAGUGAAGUUGACUCUGCAGUCAGUCUAUAGGUUGUAGCCCUCUGUUGUUAAAUAGACCAAUAUAAUAAUAUUUUUGAUAUUGCCAUUAGAAGUUGCUAAAGUCUGACUAUCAAGUCAUAUAGGCUUUAAAGUGUGAAGAACACACUUUAAAAAAAAACGUGGUAGGUAACAAGAUGGCUGCUCUGAGCACUCCCAAGAUCAUAGUGGUGAACAAUGACUGGAACAUAAGAAGCCUCAUUUGCUAUGUGGCAGGAAGCCAUUUGUAGAUGAACCGAUGCUUUAUUUCAGGUGUAUCAGGCUAUAAUGAGUAAUCUCCAGCUCACAGGACAUCAUCAUACAGGACAGGACCUGUCAUUUCUGCCACUAUGGUGUCUUUCACAGCAAAACAGUAACAACACCACCAUUGCAGUCAGCUUCUCCCUACCUUUUACUGGGAGCCCAGUUAUCCACAGAGGUCUCCUCCUCCUCCAAAACAAACAAACGCACUGAUUAAAAACACUAAAAACACUGAAUAAAGCAGUUCCACCUUAAAAUCACUGCUUCUCCCACCUGUUGGACAGACAAAGGACGUCCCAGAGGGGCUGCGAGCCGAGCUGCUGCUAACGUUACUCAGCUUGUUUCUCUGAUAACUCCAGACUUCCGAUGACUAAAAUCCUUCAUCCAGUUCAAAUCUAGAGUUAGGGGGCAUUUCUGCCUGUAUUAGAUAGUGAUAGAGAUACAGGCAGGAGAUGCAGGGAGAGAAAAAGGAGUAUGUCAUGCAACAGAGAUUCGCAGCUGGAAUCACAUCAUUAUAGGUUGUGCGUCUUCAGUGCUAGGCCUCCAUGAUAAAAGCUUUUAUAAGAAACCAAAACUAUAAUGUUAUUUAAAAAAAAUGCUAAUGGUGUGCAAAGAAACAACAAACAAAAAAUAUGUUGUAAACCAAAGACCAAAAUGAGAAAUGAAGACCGUACACAAUAUGCCAAAACCAUACGUAAAUAAACAAACAAAUAAUGAACAAAAAACAUGAAGAGUUAGUUAAGCCAGGUUUCUUCCGAUUUACAUUAAGCAGCACCAGAUGAGUUGAUGGGUGGGGUUUAGGGAACGUUGAGUGUCAAUCAUUUGAUAAUUAGCCUAUAGCACUAAUUAAGACCACUUCAUUUCAAAACAGGACCAAAAUCCAACAUCAUGGAUGAAUUUCACUGUGCUGCUUUUUAUGUUACAGGACCUAAUCUGUGAAACCGUCCUCAGUUCAGAGGGAAACUGUGGCUGUAUCUGUGCUGUUAUUCUGUGGUUGAUUUCACAUCAUAUCCACCCACCCUCUGUGCUAUUAAGUGCUUGUCUUGUCAAAAAUGGGUGGUUAUUUAAAUCAGUUGAUAUUGAUACUGAUGUUCUUGUUGUGCUGUGACCCCAAACUGUGUCCUACAUUUUAGUGAAGUCUGGAGGUUGUAGUUUCAAGGUGCCUUACUUUGGAUGUAAACUAUGUUAAUGAGAUGCUGUAUUUUCUGAAUAGUUAGAUUAGUGGUUAAUGCUGCUGAGCCCAUGUGAGAGAAUUUUUUUUCACUCUUUAUGUCCCACUCAAAAUAUUUUUCACACAUUCCUCAAUGUGUCUUAUUAUUUUUUAUAUUGAUAGAAAAUUAUUGCUCUGUACACGCUUUCCUUAUUCAAAUCCGUUUUGUAAACUUGUAACUGUAUAUUACAGAAAUGCAAUACUGAGGUUGUUCUGUAGUUGUUAUUUUUUGUCUUAUUAUGCAUGCCAUUGAAACCUACUGUAACAGACAGUUUAUUUACCUUACAGUGACAACCUGGCAAAAAGAUUAUCUACAGACACAAAUAUCACGGUAUAUAAAAAUGAUAUAAAGAUACCACUUUAUAGCAACUUAGAGUUCCAAACAACUUAUAAAAUAUUUCCAAUUAUUUCUUCAAUGUGAACAAUCAAUUAAAAGUUACAAGUCAGCAGUAAUCCAUAAUGAAGUAGAAAUUCAAUUGACCUGUGUGCAUACUCAGUUUAUACACUGUACUUCCUCAUGCUUUGCCAGAGCUUAAAAUGUAACGUUUGUCUUGAGGGUGGUCAUCAAAAUAAUAAAGGUUUACCCUGUGGGGACCAUGAUUGUACUAA